AUGGAGCAGUGGAAGCUUCCUGAGCUGCGCCAAUCAGUCGGCUAUCAACUUCAGUCCUUUGACAGUGCUUUCGAUCACGUACACACACCCACCUCGGCCCCGAACUCCUCUGGUCAGUCUGGUGCCAACCGCAACGCAGAUGCUUCCUCCCUCGCCAGCCUUGACGAACUCAACAAACUCAACAAACUCAACAACUCUCUCCGCCUCAUGAGAAUUAAGAACAGGCACCAAAUCAUCAAGUCCCGCCUCCAAGCUCGUCUCGACGAUCAAGAAAGCAAGAACCGCGUCCUCGCCGCACGCCGCGAUCAGCUGAAGCAAGACGAACAGCUUUUGGCCAGUUUGAAGGUAAUGAAGUACAAGAUUGUGGCCACUAAAUACCAGGAGAGACAGUUGGAGAAGGAGAUUAAGUCUUUGGACAGUGCAGUCUGGGGUUAUGACAUGGAGGGUCUGCUGGAUGAAUUGAAGGAGGAGGAGGAUAAUGAAGAGGAUAAAGAUAAGGAGGAGGAGGAUGAAGGCCAAAGCGAGGAAGAAGAGGUCCAUGCCAUAGACUACUUGGAGGAGGAAUCUGUGGUGGAAGAGGACUCGGAGUCUAACUGCUCCGAUGAUGAGGACGACUACUGA